AUCAUCAUCAGCUCCGUUGCCGGGAUCCGCGCGUUGCCGUUAAGCUUAAAAAGGCACCCGCAUCCAUCCAUUCCACUUGUACACUCCUCUGCGCAUACCUCGGCACAGGAUCCAUUGAGGUUCUUGCCUGACCGUCACCGUGAUACAAACAGAACUAUAUACACCAAAGAAAGUCGAAAGAGAAUCGCAACACACAGAGGAAAAUAUGGGGGACGUUCGACAACUACAAGACGAACACGCGGCAGCCAUUGCGAAGGCGAGCGCACAAGAGCCGUCUAUUCAGGCCUUGACAUCGCAAGCUACUACUUCUGCUUCGGGAAAGAAUGUCAAUAUUCUCGAACUGCCUGCGGUCACACUCACUUGCGAGAAGGAUGAAUUGGUUAUUCAAGAACAUGCCGCUGCCACCAAGAAGUCACGUUCGUGUUGUUCAGUCACCCCUCCGCGCCGCCUCCCUCCCGGGUCCGUACCCUUCUACAACAUCCUCUGGGCCUACAUCACCCCCGACCGCAACUACCUCUGCAUCGACUUCGCCGAAGAGACCUCUCCCAAGAAACACCAACUCAUCGUCCGCCAACUCGAGUUCCCUCUCCCCUCAGCUACCUCCCAUGAGCGCGAGCCGCUUCUCUCACCACCCUCCAUCCCUCCCCCCUCCGCCGCCACCUUAGACGCCUUCGUCGCCCGCGUCCUCGACCUCGCCUACCCUUCCCCCAUCCAGCGCCGCAAGCGCGCCUGGGUCCUGGUCAACCCCCAAGCCGGCCCCGGCGGCGCCGACAAGAUUUUCGAAAAGAAAGUCCGCCCCAUCUUCGAAGCGGCGCGCAUGCCUUUGACCGUCAUCCGCACCACCUACUCAGGCGAAGCCGUCACUCUCGCUCAGGACCUGGAUAUUUCGGGGUACGACAUCGCAGUCCCCUGCUCCGGCGACGGCUUACCACACGAAGUCUUCAACGGCCUCUCCGAGCGUCCCGACGCUAAAAGGGCGCUUUCCAAAGUAGCAGUCUGCCACAUCCCCUGCGGCUCCGGCAACGCCAUGUCAUGCAACCUCUACGGCACGCACCGCCCUUCGCUAGCGGCGCUAGCCAUCGUCAAGGGCGUGCCGACGAAGCUGGACCUGUGCAGCGUCACGCUGCAAGAUGGAGAGCGCCUGACGAGCUUUUUGAGCCAGGCGUACGGCCUGAUUGCCGAUUUGGAUAUUACUACAGAGCAUCUGAGGUGGAUGGGGGCGGCGAGGUUUACGUACGGGUUUCUGACGCUGGCGAUCAGGAAGAAGACGUAUCCGUGUGAUGUCGCGAUGAAGGUGGAGGUGGUCGGGAAGGAGGAGAUUAGGGGGCAUUAUGCUAGGGGGGUGAAGGGGGCCGAGAGUGAGGUUGGGAAUGGGGAGGCUAGUGGGGAAGGAGAAGGGGAGGGAGAGGGAGACGGGAUGCCGGGUUUGAAGUACGGGACGGUGAAUGAUAAGUUGCCCGAGGAUUGGGAGGUGGUUCCUCAUGAAAAGUUGGGCAGUUUUUACUGCGGUAAUAUGGCCUACAUGGCCCCAGACGCCAACUUCUUCUCCGCCGCCCUCGCCAACGACGGUUUGCUAGACGUGAUCACCACCGACGGCGACAUCUCUCUCUGGAAGAACAUCAACCUCCAACUCGGGGUCGAAUCGGGCCACUUCUUCGACAACCCUUUGGUUUCUUACCGCAAAGUGUCCGCCUUCCGCUUGACCCCCCGAUACCAGGACCCGAACGGCGUAAUCAGCAUUGACGGCGAGGCCAGACCGUUUGCCCCCUUCCAGGUGGAGGUACACAAGGGCCUUGGGCUGACCCUCAGUAAGAGGGGUGUGUUCGAAGCGCCGGGGCCGCAUGGGUGGGAUGAGGUCACGACGACAGAGCGACUGAGGGCCUAGACGGUUCGGACGGCGGUGAGGAUGAGAGUUUGGAAGGCUUUGAACAUCAUGGGAAGCGUUUGGAGCAGCGUGAGGUUCAGUCCACGAGGGACCUGGUGCUGGGGGAGUGAUGAUGCUGAGUGGACGAAGAAGGCUAA